AUGAACCUGACUGACUAUUUGGCAGAUAAGGAGAACUCGCCCUCCCACAACGGCAAAGCUCCAGCUACACCCUUAAGAAGCACGCACCUGCGCCAUACCACCCCACUUGGGAGCGCUCCCCGCCAUUCUUUAUACCACAGUGCAUCGAAACAGAAGAUUAUCAGUGAAACCGCGGGGCUCGCAAAACUCUCGCUUGUGAAGAAGAAUCUGGCCUUAUUUGGUCCCAGUAUCCACGAGGCCGGCGCGCAAACGUCGUACACGGGCAGCCCGAUUCGCAGAACGGGUAAUCUAGGAAAGUAUCCCAUCGCGUUAAGCGCAGGUAGCCAGGAUUAUGCCAACACCCAGAUGAGGGGCGUCUCGACGGACUCAAGUGUCAGCACAUCCUCUACUUCCACAGUCAUCACUGAUCCCAUGUCUGACACGGAAGUGUAUAAUGAGUACGCCCUCAACCCCGAGGACCACUUGAUGGCGAUGUUAGCGCUCAAGCAGAAGGAGGCGUUGGAUUUAAAGGAGAGGUCUAAAAAGGUAGACUUUGAGCUCUUGGAGCUCCAGCUCAAGUAUUCGCAUAUCGGGAAAGUCGAAUACGCAAACGAGCCAAAGGCCGGAAAUCUCAGUUUCUCGAACUCGCGCAAAGAUUUCAGAAUCGUGAAGCCUGAGUUCCAGGAAGGUAUGGGCGAGUUUUUCAGCAAAGCCCAAUCGGCACUCAGCCCAAAGAAGAGCUUAAUGAACUUGCGCGAGAGUUUUACCAAGAAUGAGAGCCAAGAUGCUCCGCUCUUACGUACCAGACAGAGCCUCACAAAUAUGCGCUUCUUCUCCGGGGAAAGUGAGGUAUUCAGCCCGUCCAAGCUUCACAACAAGUUUUCCAGUGAGUUGAACGAGCUCAGAGAGGAUCUCAACGGUGUCAAGUUGCAAGCUGACGAAUUUGUGAACAAAUCGAUCAGUAUGAUUAAUCAACGGUUUAAGACAAAGAUUCCGCAGCUCGGUGCGCCCACAGUGGACAGAUCUACCAAACCAGUCAUGUCUGAGAAGGAUUACACCCAAGUUAAGGAGUUUGAUCUCAGCUCGAUAUCGGGGACCUUUGACGCGGACGACACAUUUGCCAGGCAUUACGACGACAGUGACUACGAGGAUAUGGGCGAGGUGGAAGAAUAUACCGAUCACAGGGACACCAGGUUUUAA